UGUCAGUCAGGAGGCGGAAGCUGGUGCCGGCGGGAAGGUUGUAGUGCGGCGCGUCCUUGCGCUUUUGCUGGGCUCUGCGUGGGCGCGCCCCCCUGCACGGCCGCGACCAGACAACCAGGUUUCUCCGGGCUCCUGGCAGCCGGAUGAUUGUAAAGUGCUGAUCAGUGGCCACUGAAUAUAAUUGAAACAGAAUAGGAAGAUGGCAGCAAAUCCUUCAGGACAAGGUUUUCAAAAUAAAAAUAGAGUUGCAAUUUUGGCUGAACUGGACAAAGAGAAAAGAAAAUUACUUAUGCAGAACCAAUCUUCAGCAAGUCACCCUGGAGCUAGCAUCUCCCUCUCCAGACCUUCUCUUAAUAAGGACUUCCGGGACCAUGCUGAGCAGCAGCACAUUGCAGCCCAGCAGAAGGCAGCUCUUCAGCAUGCCCACGCACAUUCAUCUGGAUACUUCAUAACUCAAGACUCUGCAUUCGGGAAUCUUAUCCUUCCUGUUUUACCUCGCCUUGACCCAGAAUGAAGAAAGUAUCUGUGAUAAAGGACCUUGUAAUAUCAAAUGUCAAAGCUCUCACUCAGCUCUGCACAAACUCUGACUUUGAGAAUUUUGGAGAACUUAGUUUUUGUUUCUUUAAAGAAAGGAAGUGAGUGAAGGAAGAGGGCUGGGAUGCUGAGAGCUUUGGAAGCGAUAUCAUUGGUGGAACUGGUUGUGCUGGCUGUGACUAACUUUUUUGUAUUGCCAUUGAACUCUUCACUCGCAGACUCAGAAUCGCUUAGUCUCCUAAACUCUGCACCACC